UUGCCACGAAUGCUGCCGUAUGAACCGAACUUACUGGGAGUUCUGUAGCGCCUUACCGGAGAAUUUAAAGUAUUUUUCUUGUUUUUGUGUGAACGGGCUGCUGGGCUCAUGUCUGCCCAUCAGAUGACGUUGGUGACCGGCUGCCUCGGGUCCCUCCGGUGCUGUGGCGCGAUUGUGCUGCUUCUCUUGUGUGGUUACUCAAUGGGGACUGAAACCAACUCUACUGCAGAUCAGUCCUGCUCUCAUCCACUGGUCCCAGAGCACGGAGGUUUCCGCUGCGCUCCGUCUCCCUGCCGCAGCUUCACCCCGAAACGGGUCAUCCAGUAUUUCUGCGAGCCGGGGUACACUCUGCACGGCGCCGCCAGGAUGUGUUGCCACCAUGGCAACUGGAGGCCCGCAGGUCCACCCUACUGCACUCCCGACCAGGGGUCUAACCCGGGAUCAGGAGAUUCUGACACUACUGACCGGGAGUCCAGCUCUCUCCCUGCCAUUGCCAUGACAGCCGUCGCGGUGUCAGUCUUCCUGCUGACCACCACGGCCUGCAUGCUGGUCAGACCACAGGUCCCAGCCUGCCAUUGUGACAGCAGACGACUUUCAGACCAGCUGGGCUUGAUGAUUGAUGGCCCCCCGGUCCGCCUGCCGUCCUAUGAGGAGGCCGUGUACGGAAACCAGAGCAACCUAGCCCCACCCACACAGGGACUCACCCGGUUCCUGUUCGCCGAGAGACAACAGGAUCCCGGCCAUCAUCCGCCGGGCAGCCAAUUGGAUAGCUUGUUGGGCAGCUUAGCCAAUUGUGGCUCGGAAACCCUUCCCCCUCCUUACGAAGAGGUCCAAUCGGACAGCGGCUCUGGCGGGGGCCAGAACGAGCAGAGGAGGGCGGAAUCGUCGCUGACGUUCCAGGUCGAAAAGGAUGUUUAGAUUUCUAAACCUUUUUUUUUUGUAACCUGAUGAUAAAGCGAACAGCCGGACUGCACUGUGCACCAGGACAACAUGCAGUCACACCUGGGCAUGUCUGUGUUUCCACCUGCAGCUGAGCCAAAAGAGGUGUGAAACCAGACCGGUUCAUUUUCAACAGCAGCAGAGCAGAGAUCAAAUCCAUUUCAAUCUGCACUUGAAACUCAAUCAUUCGUUAGUGAAUUAUUGUCCACUAUGAGGUGGGUUUGAAAUCUCAGUCUCGAAGGAUUGCUGUCUGUCUGUCAGGAAUCAAGUCUGAUCGCUGCUUUCCUGGGGGUGAAACUGAGAGACAUUACACCCCGUGUGUCUGUCACACACCUCAGUGGAAAAGGAUCCACUCAGAACUGAAGUCAGGCUGCAUUGACUUGACCACACCUGUGAGCGUUUCGUUUGUGUAAAGCCUUUCCCCCAUAAUGUAUCCUGGUUUGCCAUGCUGUUGAAUAUGCUUUACUGUACCUUGCUGUUCUUUCCAAUUCAAGCCUGUGCUUUACUGUGCCGUCCCUUUGUUAUGAGUGAUAUUGCACAGGAAGAGACUGGCUGCUGUGACAGUCUGCAUUGUAAACACAAAAUUCAAGACUUCACAAAAAAAGGAUUUUUCAUUGAUGUUUUUUUUUUUUUUUAAUUUUAUAUAUACUUUGUGUGUGUAUUUUUUAAUAAUUGCAAGCAAACUCAUUUUGUACAUAGUAAAAUAUAAUUUUUAUGUGGGAUGUGUAAAUGUGUUGCACAUUUUUAUAUAUAAGACCAUUUCUUCUAUUUCUAAUGUAACUAUGAAGCUUGCUUUUUCGUGUGUGUGUGUGUGUGUGUGUGUUUCUGUUUUGGUUAUGCUAA